AUGGACUGGAGUUCUGUGACGGCGGAGGACCUCGUGGACGCGCUGCGAGAGGUGGACUGGUCAACACCGCCGCGCCCCGUCUCCGAAUUCUUCUCCCGCUUCACCGCUCCCCGAUCCUACUCCAAGUGGACUAGCCGCCUCAAGUGCAACCUCUACUACUAUCGGACGAACUACUUCAUCUUGGUAGUAUUCCUUCUUGGAAUGGGCUUUCUUAGAAAGCCAGUUGCCAUCCUUGCAGCUCUAGCAACUGGCCUCAGCAUUGCGUUUCUGAAUGACAGGCUUACUGGUCCUUCUCCUGCACUCCUGACUCAUGUUUGCCUGCGUUCAGUGCUAAUCCUUCACGAAAUUAACGGCGUGGGCUUGAAUUGA